AUGCACACCUCCCUCCUCUCCCUCCUCCUAGCAACCACGGCCCUCGCCUUCCACUGCACCAAACCCACCUACUCACCGGCCUGCUGUGAUUCGGUCUACACCUCCGGCGUCAAAGACGGCAAAUUCGAAGGCAAAGAUUGCUACCAAGCCUUCCCAACAUCCUUCGACGUGCCCGUCAACGAAAGGAACUACACCUGCGAGAUCGCCGACACGAUUCCGGGGUGCUGUAAGGGCGAUAAGAAGGAGGAGCGGAGGAGCCAUUGUGUUGGUGUUGUUGUUUAG